ACAGUAAUGAGUUUUAUCCGUUGACUCAAAAAACUAAUGUGGUGGAGCAGCCGUCCAAGCUGAUUCUCUCCCCUAUCAUCGGAAUCGCAAGCAUUCGCGCGACAUCGCGCGCAAUAUUGUCUUGCUAACCGAUCUCUCUGUGUCUCUCUGUGUGUAUAUAUAUGUAUCCAUGUAUUCUCUCUGUUUUUCUGUACCAAUUGAUAUCUUGGAUUCGCAUUUAACCCCAUCGAAUUAGAUUCUCCUUGCAGUUGAUUAAUGGAGUACCCUGGUUCAUCGUCGAAUCUCCGUGGACAAACUGAAGGGUUAAAGUAUGAUGACAGGGAAGGUUACGCUAUUCUUGAUGAUGUCUCAGUUUAUACUCAUCCAUAUAAUGCUCUUGUAGAAUCACACAAAGAUCUGCCUUGGCCGAAUCAAGAACUGAAUCAAAGUUAUCAAACUUCACAAACUCUGUGGAAUUACCAACCACAACAAGGAUUAAUAGCAUCAACUCAAGCUGGAACAAGUGAUUCAGGCCGCAAGCGCGGGAGUAAAAAUCCGCCGGCUCUACAUCUACUGAGGAAUAACUCUGGAAAAACUCCAGUAUCCAAUGAAAAAAAGAAAGAAAUCGACAAACGAUAUCGAGAAAAAUGCCGGGAAAGCAAGAAGAAAAUGGAAAGUGAGUUGUAUGAGCUUGGUCAAGAAAAUAAAAUCUUGCAUGAUGAGAAUAAGGAUUUGAUGAUGGAAAAAGAAUCUAUAAACAAAAGCUUGCAUUUGGCAGAAACCGAGACAAAGCACCUAAAUACGGAAAUUCGCAAUUUGAGGACAAACAUGAAGAGCCAACAAAUUUUCGUUGAUCAAUUCUUAAAGAAAUUAGAUGAUGUGUCGAGCAAUGAGAAUCACCGGCUUGAGAUUAAAAAGCUUCAGAAUGAGAUCAUGAUAUUAAAGCAGAAUAAUUGGGAGGAUUGGUUGACGAACAAAGUACAACUUCUGCAUGAAAUUGGAAAUUUGGAGCAUGAGAAUAAGUUUCUCAAAGUACAAGUUGAUGCAUUAUGUGAGAAAAUACACAACGAUCUUGAUGCUGGACACAAAAAAACAUGUAAUGGUUGCAGUGCUAUAUGUGAGGGGUUGGAUUGAGAGAAAUGAUGAUUUGAACUACGUGUAUAUUACUUUUUAUUUGUAAAAUUAAACGUUUGAGUUCAAUGAACAAAUUAUUACAACUACUGUUCAUCGUUAGUUUUAUUUUUAAUUGAAUUAUGUACUCAUUCUCGGACAA